AUGGGUCCUUUCUGGUCUUCCCUUUUCAUUCUAUUUUUCGUCACCUCUAUUGCUGCUUUAGAAACUGAUGAUACCCAAACUUUCAUUGCCCGUGUCAACAAUGCACUGAAACCAUCUGACUACUUUGAGGUAGAGCAAUGGUAUAGCUCUAUACUCGAAGACCUCAACUCCAGCUCUCUAGUUACAACUAGCGUCAAUGCGGAAAUUGUCCAUGUUUAUAAGACAGUCUUUCAAGGUUUCUCCGCCAGGUUAACUCCUCAGCAAGCAGAAGCACUUAAAGAACGUUCUGAAAUUAUUGCUGUGUUUCCUGACCAUGUAUUCCAACUUCAAACCACACGGUCACCUGAGUUUCUUGGGCUCCAAACUAGUGGCUCAAGCAGCCUUUCUAACGUUUCAGAAUACGGUACCAAUAUCAUCAUUGGACUGCUUGACACUGGUAUAUGGCCGGAACGACAGAGUUUCAACGACGAAGGCCUGGACCCCAUUCCGAAGCGGUGGAAAGGAGAAUGCCAAGGAGGAGAGAGGUUUCCCAAAACCUUAUGCAACAAAAAGCUUAUAGGUGCUCGUUACUUUUCAAGAUAUGGCGGUACCGCCAGAGAUUUAAAUGGCCACGGAACACACACGGCUUCGACUGCCGCUGGACAAGCCGUCAGCAACGCCUCAUUUCUUGGCUAUGCAAGCGGUACUGCUGUGGGUAUUGCAGCCAAAGCAAGGCUUGCAGUGUAUGCAGUGUGUAGUGAGAUAGGAUAUUGCAGUGACGCGGACAUUCUCGCUGGCUUUGACAAGGCCGUAGAAGACGGAGUCGAUGUGAUCUCCGUAUCUUUAGGUUCAAAGAGCGCCAUUCCUAUAUACGAGGACGGUGUCGGGAUUGGCUCCUUUGGGGCAAUGGAGAAGGGGAUAGUUGUGUCAGCAGCAGGAGGCAAUUCUGGUCCUUCAUAUGGUUCUGUCAUUAACAUAUCACCAUGGCUCAUCACCGUUGGUGCUGGUACCAUCGAUAGAAAGUUUCCUGCUGAUUUAGUACUUGAAAAUGGCGUUGUUAUCAAUGGAUUAUCUCUCUUCCAGGGCAAUGCUUCUUCUGAGUAUUCUGCAUUGAUUUAUGCUGGAAAUGCAUCUUUUAAUUCUUCUGCUGAUUGUGCACCCGGCUCACUGAAUAAAACACUGGUGUUUGGAAAGAUCGUGGUGUGUGAUCGUGGUGAUGGAGUAGACGCUCCUCUGAAGGGACUAGCUGUUAAGGAAGCUGGUGGGAUCGGUGUUAUAGUUGCUAACGUGCAUCCUUAUGGUGGGCUUCUAGUUUCCGAAGCUUAUUUGAAUCCUGGAUUGGGUAUCAACGAAUCAGCCCGUCAAGUAGUUCUUGAUUAUAUUUCCUCGACUUCGAGACCACGGGGUGCCAUGUUGUUUGGAGGGACCCAGAUUGGUGUGAAACCAGCACCUUUGCUUGCUACUUUCUCAUCUCGUGGACCCAACAAGGAGUCUUUGCAUGUUCUGAAACCCGACGUGAUUGCACCAGGUGUCGAAAUACUGGCGGCCUGGUCCAACGAUACAUCUCCUACUAAAUUAUCCGAGGAUCCGCGGCGGACUGAAUUCAACGUAAUUUCUGGAACUUCAAUGGCUUGUCCACACGUUUCAGGUAUUGCAGCUCUUCUGAAGGGAGCUCACCAAGAUUGGUCGCCGGCCAUGAUCAAAUCAGCGAUCAUGACAACUGCGUACACUGUUGAUCGUGAUGGUAAUCCAUUACGGGAGGAAACGGACAUGCGUGAGUGUAAUGCAUGGGACAUGGGAGCUGGACACGUGGACCCAAUGAAAGCCAUUGAUCCUGGUCUUGUCUAUGAUUUGACUUCUGAAGAUUACGUGGACUUUUUAUGUGCGUCAAAUAUGAGCGAAAAACACAUCGAAGUGAUCACACAGAGAGCAGUGAAGUGCGAAGGUCGUCAACAUUCUAACCCGUGGGACCUGAACUAUCCCGCAAUUUCUGUUACUUUCGAAGGUAAGAGCAGGGAGAUUGUGGUGAAGCGAACGGUGACGCACGUUAGCGAAGAAAAAUGGAGCUACGAGGUGAAAGUGAAGAAUCCAAAGGGUGUAAUUGCGAAGGUUGAUCCUGAAAAGAUGGUGUUCGAAAAGAAGGGUGAGAAGCUGAGCUACGUGGUGAAGAUUACGAGAGAUGAGCAAAAAGAGGCAGAUGAGGUUAUGGGGAGUGAUUUUGGAGAGAUAACAUGGACAGAUGGGAAACACCGUGUUAAUUCACCAUUAGUGGUCAUGUGGACUUAA